AUGAGUGAAAGCGUAGAAAAGGACACAAGCGUCUCGGACCCGCUCUCCGCAUCUUCGGGUCCGGAGAGAGCGGAGGCGUUGCCAGCAAAUCCACCGCCGGUGCACCAUCCGACCUCCGGCGCUGAUGCAGCACUUGAACUCCUUAAUGAAACUGGAGGACUCAGACAGCCUCUGGAUCCGGAACGUAGCCGCCGCCUCCUCCGACGAAUCGACGCGCACAUUAUGCCAUUGAUCUGCAUUGUUUACUUCUUACAGUACAUCGACAAGACAUCGGUCUCCUACGCCAGUGUGACUGGUAUUAUUCAGUCAACGGGCCUGAAAGGCAAUGAAUUCAAUUGGGUUGCAUCCAUCUUCUUCUUCGGUCAGCUCGCUUUUGAGUUUCCCACCAUCCGCCUCAUCCAGUUAUUUCCUCUGGCUAAGUAUGUGUCGGUCAACGUGACGCUCUGGGGUAUUGUGCUCGCUUGCCUAGCUGCGUGCAAAAACUACGCGGGCUUGCUUGCCUGUCGCUUUUUCCUCGGAGUGCUAGAAGCGGCCAUCGUGCCUGCGUGGGUGCUCUUCACUUCGCAAUGGUAUACUAAGGAGGAACAAUGCUUUCGAGUGGGGAUCUGGUUCUCUGUCUGUGGUGCUGCUCAGAUGUUUGGCGGUUUCUUCGCCUACGGCGUAGCCGUCCAUGUUGGGGGGGAUCCCAACGCUUCGCUGCGCGGUUGGCAGGUCAUCUUUCUCUUCCUCGGCCUGCUGACAGCAGUCAUCGGCAUCGCCUUCUGGUUCGUCAUGCCAGACUCGCCUGCUGUUGCCUACUUCCUUGACAGGGAGCAGAAGGCCAGUCACCUGGAACGCAUCAGACACAACGAGCAAGGAAUCGGAUCCCAGAAAUUCAAGUGGGAGCACGUCAAGGAGGCGUUGACGGAUACAAUGACCUGGCUCUACGCGUUCUGGGUCUUCGCCGCAAAUAUUCCCAACUCCAUCGCCACAAGUUUUGGUAAUAUAUUAGUCAAAGGCAUGGGAUAUACUAGCCACGAAUCACUAUUGUUGGUGACGCCGCUCGGAGCAUGGGAGAUUGUGGCACUUGUUGGAUUGACUUAUGGAGCAAUGAAAACUAACCAGAGGCUUUGGUGUUGCAUCGCUGGCCAUAUACCGGCCAUCAUUGGUGCGAUUCUCAUGGCAACGACCGAGAAGGUCCCUGCACUGAUCGGAUACUACACAUCGGGGGGUAUCCCCAUAGGCUGGACGACCAUUCUUGGUUUGCAAAGUUCGAACGUGGCGGGCUCGACCAAGAAAGUCACCGUAGCUUGUAUCGGCACUGUCGCUUACACGGUUGGGAAUAUUAUCUCACCGCACACAUUCCAAGCGCGUGAUGCUCCAAGAUACCUGCCGGCAAAGAUCUCUAUCUGCAUUAUCUACUUCCUGAUUACCGUCGACUUGUUUGUUAUGAGGUGGGUGCUUGAUCGAAGGAAUAAGAAAAGGGACCAGGAAAAGGAAGCGCUUGGCAAUGACUACAAGCUGGAAGAGAACCACGAAUUCUUUGAUUUGACAGACCUAGAGAACAGAGAAUUCCGCUAUCAGCUCUAA